AUGGCCUCACACCAGUCUCUACCAAAUGUUUGCUCGGAGGACAAGACUUCCGUCCACAAACAGGAGAAGGGUAAUGGCAUCAUUUCAGUCUCUGUGGUGCCUGAAGUGACUUGGACGUCCCCCUCGAGGCUCCUGGGGGCCGGACCAAAUGCAUGCUCAGAGGACAAGGGUUCUGACCUGCAUCCUGAGAAGGACAAUGGUCUUAUUUCAGUCCCCCAGUUGAAUCUCCUGGAGGCUGGACCAAAUGGAUCCUUGGAGGGUAAGGCUACUGUCCAGGAACAGGAGAAGGACAAUGGACUCACUUCAGUUUCUGUGAUGCCUGAAGCGACCUGGACGUCCCCCUCGAGGCUCCCGGAGGCUGGCCCAAAUGCAUCCUCAGAGAACAAGGCUUCCGACCAGGAACAGGAGAAGGAUAAUGGCACCGUUUCAGUCUCUGUUUUUCCUGAAAUGACUUGGACGUCCCCCUCGAGGCUCCUAGAGGCCAGCCCGAAUGCAUCUUCAGAGGACAAGGGUUCCGUCCUGCAUCCCGAGAAGGACAACCGCCUCACUUCAGUCUCUCCCUUGAGCCUCCUAGAGGCUGGCCCAAAUGCAUCCUCAGAGAACAAGGCUUCCGACCAGGAACAGGAGAAGGAUAAUGGCACCGUUUCAGUCUCUGUUUUUCCUGAAGUGACUUGGACGUCCCCCUCAAGGCUCCUAGAGGCCAGCCCGAAUGCAUCUUCAGAGGACAAGGGUUCCAUCCUGCAUCCCGAGAAGGACAGCGGCCUCCCUUCAGUCCCCCCCUUGAGUCUCCUGGAGGUCAGACCAAAUGUUUGCUCGGAGGACAAGACUUCUGUCCACGAACAGGAGAAGGGUAAUGGCAUUAUUUCAGUCUCUGUGGUGCCUGAAAUGACUUGGACGUCCCCCUCGAGGCUCCUGGAGGCCGGACCAAAUGCAUGCUCAGAGGACAAGGGUUCCGUCCUGCAUCCCAAGAAGGACAACCGCCUCACUUCAGUCUCUCCCUUGAGCCUCCUAGAGGAUGGCCCAAAUGCAUCCUCAAAGAACAAGGCUUCCGACCAGGAACAGGAGAAGGAUAAUGGCACCGUUUCAGUCUCUGUUUUUCCUGAAGUGACUUGGACGUCCCCCUCAAGGCUCCUAGAGGCCAGCCCGAAUGCAUCUUCAGAGGACAAGGGUUCCAUCCUGCAUCCCGAGAAGGACAACCGCCUCCCUUCAGUCCCCCCCUUGAGUCUCCUGGAGGUCAGACCAAAUGUUUGCUCGGAGGACAAGACUUCUGUCCACGAACAGGAGAAGGGUAAUGGCAUUAUUUCAGUCUCUGUGGUGCCUGAAAUGACUUGGACGUCCCCCUCGAGGCUCCUGGAGGCCGGACCAAAUGCAUGCUCAGAGGACAAGGGUUCCGUCCUGCAUCCCGAGAAGGACAACAGCCUCACUUCAGUCUCUCCCUUGAGCCUCCUAGAGGAUGGCCCAAAUGCAUCCUCAAAGAACAAGGCUUCCGACCAGGAACAGGAGAAGGAUAAUGGCACCGUUUCAGUCUCUGUUUUUCCUGAAGUGACUUGGACGUCCCCCUCGAGGCUCCUAGAGGCCAGCCCGAAUGCAUCUUCAGAGGACAAGGGUUCCGUCCUGCAUCCCGAGAAGGACAACAGCCUCACUUCAGUCUCUCCCUUGAGUCUCCUAGAGGCUGGCCCAAAUGCAUUCUCGGAGAACAAGGCUUCCGACCAGGAACAGGAGAAGGAUAAUGGCACCGUUUCGUUCUUUGUGUCGCCUGCAGCUUCCCAGAUGUUCCCUCCGAACAUCAUGGAGACCGGACUCGACACAUCCCCGAUGAAUGCGGCUUCCACCCUGUGGCAGCAGAAGAAGGCGGCCGUCUCUCUGGUCUCGGCAGCAACAUGGAUGUCGCCUCUGAGCCUCCUGGAGACGGGUGUCAACACCUCCCUGGAGGAGAGGGCUUUGACCAAGGACAGCACAGCAGAAACAGACUCCCUGCUGUGGCACUUCUCUCAGGACCAACUGGGCAGCCUGUCUCGGGCAGAGCUAGAAGAGCGUCUGGCCAGCGCCCAAAUCAUCGUGGAAGCCCUUUCCCGGAAGAUCCGGGACUGCCUGAAUUCCCAGAGGUUGCCCGCCUGCGUGGGACCGGCGGAUCAGAGGGACGCGGCCACCCAGACCCCCAUCUCUGAGCCCAGCGAGGAGGUGCAGCUGUACCGCGAGAUGUACGGGGCCCUCUGGAAGCGACAUGACCCCCUUCAAAAGACUCUGAAGAACCAGCGUGCUCUGGUUGAGACGCUGGCCACAGCCACAGACGAGAUGAGAGGAUGCCUUUCGGAUUCCACAUUUCUCCGAGAGACGGCGGAAGCCUCCUUCCAGCGCCUUCAGGAAGACCGCCACUCCCUUAGCCAGCAGCAAAAGCAGCUGGGCAACCUGAUCUCUUGCCUCCGAGAGAGGUGGAGCCGGAUUGAGGGCGAAAGGAAGAAGGCCCUGAGAGCCAAGGAGGCGGCAGACCACGUUCUGGAGUCGUUCCGGAAUCACGCCAGCCACCGCAUCAGGCAGCUGGAGCAGGGCUGCGAAUCCCGGCAGCAUCUCUGCACCCUGCUGGCGGAGGCCAACACACUCCAGUCUGAUCUCUCUGGCGGCUACGCCAAACACCUGGCGGAGGAGGCCUGCCUCGCGACAGCCCUGCAGAGCAACUGGGCGGAAAUGCGGCAUGACUAUCAGGCCAUGAGGACCCUGGCAGGCCGAUUCCGAGUCACAAUGGGGCAGAUGGUCCAGAAGGUGAGGGCAGCCCAGCAGGAGGUUGCCCAGCACCAAGAGGUGUGCAGGAAGCUGGAGAACUCGACGCAGGAGCUGGUCGAAGCCUUGGGACGGGGAAAUGAGCUGACUGCAGCCAAGGUUCACCUGCAGACAGAGCUGGAGGCUGCGAGGGAGAAGGCGAGCGCAGCUGAGAGCCAGCGGGAUCGGCUGCAAGAGGAGAAGGAGAUCCUCUCCUGUCAGCUGUCAGAGAAGCAGGACAUGAUCCUGAAGCUGCAAGAGGAAGCAGCGCGGCUGUCCUUGGAGAAGGCGAGGGCGGAGCAGGAGCGCGAUGAAGCCCAGCGGGAAGCUCGAGAGACGGCCGACUGCCAGGAGUUUAUAGAUCUGGAAAACCAAAUUGCCCGCCGCCAGCUCUCGGAGACAGAGGAGGAGCUGAAGGCCACCCUCGUGACUCUGUGGGAGCGCAGCGCCCAGCUGGAGGAGCUCAAGGGUGCCCACAGCGCCCUUCAGCAGGAGCGAGAGGCUGUCGGCGAGGAGCUGGCAAGCGCAAAGGCAGAAAUGGAGAGGACCCGAUCCAGCAUGGAGGCCUGCGCCUGCUCCUUGCAGGAGAUGGGCGACGCUCAGACGCAGCUCCUGGAAAUCGUCAGUUUCCUCGAACGGGUGCUGCAGGGAGAGGUGGUUGACACGGCCCCCAGGAGGCGGCCCUGCACCCCCAGGCGACUCACCCCCCACCGCUUUGGGACCUCCUUCGUGGACAGCAUCUUGCAGGCAGUGGCAGAGAGAGAUGUGGAAACUCCCGGGAUUUGGAGUGAGAGCACUGCUUUCAAGAAAGCCGGUCAUGAAGGUCCGCCCAAGCCGGCAGAUCUCCAGGAACACCUCUCCACCCAGGUCCAAGACUUGCUGGCCGUUUCAGAACAGCUCCGCCUCUUGACUUCGCAGCACCAGAGGGCCACCCAAGAGGAGGGGGAGACACUGCAAGCGGAAAUUUUGCGGCUCCAGGGCCGGGUGGAGAGCCUGGAGAGGGAGCUGGAGGCCGAGGUCGAUGGCCGCGACACCCGCAUCGCCAAGCUGAGCGAGGCCCUCCACAACAAGAUGCAGAACGAAAAGGAGCUUCAGGAAGUUAUCUGGCAGCAGGACAGGAAGCUUCAGCAGCUGGCUGACCAGAGUGCGGACAUCCGGAUCCUAAAACUGGAGCUGGAGCAGCUGAAAUCUGACCUCCGCAGCUGCGAGAUGGAGAGGUCAGCCCUGUGGGAAGAGCUCAGGGAGCAGAAGCCGUCCAGUGCGGAUUGGGUCCAGGAGAAGAUCUGUUUGCAGCGGCAGGUUGCCAGGCUGAGGGAGCUUCUGGAUGGCAAGGACAAAGAGAACAUGGACCUCAUGAUGAGAUACCAAGGCCGGAUGAGGCAUCUGGAGGAGCAUCUUCUCCACACUCAACGGGAGGCGAAGGCACUCAAGAGGACGGAGGCAAGGAUAAAGGAGGUGGCGUCUUCGUUUCCCGCUGAAGCUUCCCACAUCUCGGAAGUGCGCUUAAUUCUCGACAUCCUCGGAUGAAGCCGGCCGAGGGCAUGUUGGGCCUGGGGGGG